CUAGCAAGCUAACAAGCUACGUGAAGUUUACUCGGCACUGAACCCAUAAAGUCACAAUUAAAUAUGUUAGAUUGUAAUGUCAUCAUAGGAAGCGCUCGUUACAAAGGCGGUUUCGACUAAAGCAAUACGCUUGGUAACCCGACUGUAAUGGAAGGCGUCAGUUAGCUACGGCGUUAGCAUUGAUACAACAUGUUGAGCCUUCCUUCGUUUACUGCAAUUCACCGUUUAAACAAGAAAAUAGGGCGCACUAGGCUAACUUCACUGUACCUUAUUUUUUCAGAUGGUCAAUGCUGUUAAUAAUGUAUCCUGUGGCAUUUCAAAUUAACUCUUUAUCCCCCCUAUGUUGUAACGGAAGAGAAAACAAGUGCCGUUGAGGUACAGUAGAUAGCAGUAAACAGGAUGUAGCAUCAUAGAGGACCAGGGUGCUUUCCCCACAGAUUUGUCUUGCAGGUUUAUGUACUUUAACAGGCGCUUCUUAAACGGAAAUAUGCGAAAAUAGUGUUCACUUCUUUAAUAUCAUCCAACCACUAUUGAUCUCUGUGAUUUUUCCCCCACACAAAAGUUAGGACGCUGUAUCUCAGGGAUCUCCAAAAUGUGGCUCAAGAGCAAUGACUCGCUUGGUUUAUGUACAUUUCAAACAGACUUCGUUACUAAUACUAACUAUGGAAUAUAGAUAAUCACUUUCCAACCAAAGAUGUUCAUUGACAUUCUUUGCAACAUUUCAGUGCUUAGACCAGAGAUAACAUUAUCAAAAAUGUCAAGACCAGGAUUGUCUAAAGUGGGACUGGGGACCAUUUUUGGGCUGCAGUCUGUUUUAGAUUUAUCCUCGGCAUAUUCUAAAAACUAAAUUAUUUUAUUAUUAACGAUAUUUGUGUGUAUAAAUUGUAUCCAUUUAGUAUCCACUAAAUUGGCCCUAGUGCAGACCUGGGCAUUCUGCGGCCCGCGGGCCACAUCCGGCCCUUUGUACGUCCCUGUCCGGCCCGCGUGAGGCCAAUCAGAAAUUACAAAAUAAAUUUAAAAAAGUAUCUAUCUCGAGUGUGCAAUACAACGGUGCUGCUUUUUUUUUGAAAAGCGUUAUUUGUAUUACUUCCGUGUGGACGUAUGCUCAUGCGCGAUUGUGAGUGAAUGUGAACAGCUGCAAUCACAAAUUACAAAAUAAAUUUAAAAUAACAUCUAUGUCGUGCAUGCAAUACAAUUGUGCUGGUUUUAUUUUGAAAAGUGUUAUUUAUGGGCGUAUGUCCGUGUGUAACCUGUGAGUGAAGGUGCACAGCGACAAGUGAUGCCCUGUUAUCCCCGAGACGCUAAAAAAAGAAAAGUUGAUGACGAAUGGCGUGUUUUCAACAAGACAUGGACUGCCAGUAUUUCUUUACAGAAAUUAAAGGAGGAUGACAGUGUUCACACGCUGUACAAAUCUGGAGGACCAGAGAGACUUCUUCAUGAUCUCAUUGUAGCCCUUCCAGAGCCACCAUUUCCCAGCCCUGUAUUGCCUGGAUCAAGGGAUGUUUAUCGGAGAAAAAAGAGACAGGCUCUACGUUUGUCACGAAGUGUUGGGGAUGAGACAAAAUAUAUUGAGCUGAUGGUGAUCAAUGACCAUUUGAUGUACAAGAAGCAUCGCCUCUGUGUCGGCCACACCAAUAACUAUGCUAAGUCAGUGGUCAAUAUGGCUGACAUGAUUUUCAAGGAACAGCUGAAUACUCGCAUUGUGUUGGUCGCCAUGGAAACCUGGUCUGCCGACAACAAAUUUAACAUCGACGACGACCCCAUGGUUACCCUGAGAGAGUUCAUGAAGUACCGAAAGGACUUCGUCACAGAGCGAUGCGAUUCUGUACACCUUUUUUCAGGAAAUCUCUUUCACAGCAGCUGGAGCGGAGCGUCCUACAUGGGAGGUGUGUGCUCUCUCUCUAAAGGGGGAGGAGUAAAUGAGUAUGGAAAAACAGAUGAGAUGGCCAUAACUCUCGCUCAAUCCCUAGGGCAGAACAUUGGCAUCUUUUCUGACAAGAAGAGGAUCCUUAGCGGAGAGUGCAAAUGUGACGAUUACUGGUCAGGCUGCAUCAUGGAUGAUGUUGGCAUUUACCUGCCCAAGAGGUUCUCUGACUGCAAUGUGGAGGAAUACUAUAACUUCCUCAACAGUGGCGGGGGAGCCUGUCUGUUCAACAAACCCCAGAAACUGCUGGACCCUCCUGAAUGUGGAAAUGGCUUUGUGGAGCCAGGAGAGGAGUGUGACUGUGGCAGCCCACUAGAUUGUGCCAAAGAGGGAGAGAACUGCUGUAAAAAGUGCACCCUAACUCAAGGCUCUAAGUGUAGCGAUGGAUUGUGCUGCAAUAACUGCCAGAUGGAAUUCAUGGGGGUUGUAUGCCGGGAUGCAGUGAAUGACUGUGACAUCCCCGAAAACUGCACAGGAAACUCCAGCCAGUGUCCACCAAAUCUGCUUAAGAUGGAUGGUUACACGUGUGAAAAAGACCAGGGGCGCUGCUUUAAUGGAAGAUGCAAAACCAAAGAUAAACAGUGCAAGUACAUUUGGGGCGAGAAGGCCACAGCGGCUGACAAGUUCUGCUAUGAGAAGCUCAACAUUGAGGGGACAGAGAAGGGCAACUGUGGGAAAGAAAAAGACACCUGGAUCCAGUGUAACAAACAGGACGUUCACUGUGGUUAUCUGCUAUGCUCCAACAUCUCGCCCCCUCCAAGACUGGGAGAACUACAGGGAGGCCUGACAUCCUUUUCAGUGGCAAGACACAGUGGCUCACUGGACUGCAGUGGUGCUCAUGUAGUGAUCGAUGGAGACACUGACCUGGGCUAUGUGGACGAUGGGACGGCCUGCGGGACAGACCGCAUCUGUUUCAACCACAAAUGUCUCCCCCUCCAGCAGUUCAACUUUAGCAUCUGCCCCGGGACCACUGACAAAACCGUCUGCUCGGGACAUGGGGUGUGCAGUAAUGAGCUGAAGUGCGUGUGUUACCUGGGCUGGGCGGGAGAGGACUGUAACGCCACGUCGCCACUCAGCUAUCUCGUAGUGGGACCCACAGCCUCUGUAACAGGCAUUACCAGUACCAAUAUCAUCAUCUCGGCCAUCGUAGGCUCCAUCCUUUUCCUUGCCCUCAUACUUGCUGUGACAGCCUGGUGCUACAAGAGCUACAAGCAGAGAUGCUACGUGGAGUCUGAGGUCCACCGAAGAUUCUGCCGGCAAAUGCCCCCAGGUGACUAUGUAACAAAGCCCAGCGAUGCUGAUUCAUUUUACAGCGACAUGCCGCCCGGCAUGAGCACAAACUCGGGAUGCAGCUCCAAGAAGAGGUCAGCCUGCCUGUCACAUCUCCAGAUUUGUGCCCUGUCCUUCACUCCAUCCAUCCCAUCCAUAACUCAGAACAUCUCACUGUUUGGCUUCAGGUCUAAUGGUCUUUCCCACUCGUGGAGCGAGAGAAUCCCAGAUGCCAAACACAUCUCUGACAUUUGCGAAAACGGCCGACCGAGGAGCAACUCGUGGCAAGGGAAUCUCGGGGGCAAUCGCAAGAAACUGAAAGGAAAGAAGUUUCGUGCUCGCUCCAACUCCACAGAGACACUGUCUCCUGCUAAGUCCCCCACUUCCUCUACAGGAUCGAUUGCAUCCAGUAGGAGAUACCCUUACCCAAUGCCGCCUCUUCCCGAUGACCAGAGAAAAGCUAACAGGCAGAGUGCAAGGCUGUGGGAGACGUCGAUAUAAGAGCAGAGGAGAGGAAAACACAAUGUCACUGAAACAUACACAAACACUAAAACAAUGAAAUGGAUUCCAAUCAGUAAAAGACUACAAACCGUGUUGAAAGAACCCAACGGAGGAAAGCAGCACACAUCAGUUAUAGUCUGGGUUGUCGGUGCUCAGACCACAACAUUGUCCUCCAUGUUUAUUUCUGCAUCUGUGGCUCAUUGGUGAGUUACAAACACCGAAUGCAUGAAUUAACAAAGACACUUUGGACGCAUGUCAGGAGCAAACAUAAAUGAUGAAGCAUCUUUUCUCCUCCAUGUUUGUUUGUACAUAUAUAAAGACAACAACACUUUC